AUGAUCCGCGAUGGCAAGCCGCUGAUGCCCCCCGUCGACUUUCACCCGCCGUCGCAGGUCGACGAAGGGUCCCAGCUGGCCGAGGCGACGCCGCAAAUUGACUUGCCCCAGCGCAUGGACGCCCCCUUGAUUAUGAACACGCCUGAGCGCCUCCCGAACAUGACGCGGGACGCUCGGGUGCGGCAGCUCGUCUUCUCUGUGCGGUCCAUCGCGAAGCGCAAGUACGAGCUCACGCACAGCAUUCCGCUGCCGCCCGACGCGAUCAAUUUGGACCAGCCGCUCGAGACCGCCCACGACUCCAAGCGCCUGAAGGACUAUGCGAUGCUCGCGGCGUCGAGCAAGCGCGCGGGGCGCACCGAAGCCGAAGCGACCGCCUACUUUGCCAUGGGUAUCAUUCACGACAACAUCGAAGAGUUGGAGCGCGCGAUCGACAUGUACAAGAAGGCUCUGGCGCUACUCAAGAACUCGGACAAACUGGCGUUCCAAGGCCUUGUGCACUCGUGCAUUGGCGUCGACUACCAACUUCUCGCGUCGGGGCACACGGCGUACACGGGGCGGUUCCUUUCGCCCGAGAGCCCCGAGCUCCAACAAGCACUGAUCUUUCAUCAGAACCACCUCGACCUCAACAUGGACGACGCCGGCACCUUUGUGGCGCACACCAAUCUCGGCUUGACGCUCGGAAGCCUCGGACGCUUUGCCGACGCGGCGAAACACCACCAAGAGGCCUUGCGACUCGCGAUUCGACUCAACAGUGCCUAUGGCCAGAGCAUCGCAGUUGGUAACCUCGGGCUUCUCGCGAGUCGCCAAGGCGACGUGGCAACGGCCCGCGCGUGCAUGGACCAGCACCUCCAGCUCAUCCAGACGGUCCAGGACCGGUCGGCCGAAGUGAACGCGUGGAUGCAGCUCGGGUUUCUCGCGACGCGCGAGCUCGAACACGAAAAGGCCGCGCGGUACUUUGAACAAGCGUAUCAGCUCGCAAAAGACCUCCACGAGAUUGGCAUGAUGAAGCAAGCGAGCUGCUACCUCGGGAUCGCGCGCGGCUGCGUGCACAUGCACACCUGCUUUGCGCGUCUCCAGCCCAGUGCUGCUCUGUGAAGACGAGGAAUGACGAACUCGGAGAUUGUACAUCUACCAUGUAGUAACGGCAGUAGAGUGUUGGCGAUUUAGUUGGCGGCGAGCUCU